AUGAAGGACGGACAUAAUAUUCAUGUGGAAAGUCGCGGAGUGGUUUAUGUUGUGUUCGUCCAGUUCUAUCAAUCGGAGACUCCGGUAUACGCGGUUGACAUAUUCCGUGGAUUGUCAGCACUGUUCGAAUCAGACAUGCUCAUGUUUUCGAAAAUCACCGGUGAAGAACGCGCAGCUGUUUUGGAAUUCUUAUCCCUUUUGGAAAAAAUUUUACCAUCUUCGACCACAUACCAACGAAAUUUGACCAAAAUACACACAUGGGUCUCGGAACAUGAGACGUUCUCCGGUGUGGAAUGGUUACAGGCGCUAAACGAUCAACAUCUCUGUGUGGAUUUCACGGAAUCGAGCCAAUUUCUGAUUGUAGACCAGUUGUAG